GUCAAGUAUCAGCUGACUGGUUUGUUUUGCUGUAGACUCCGCAGCAGAUAGCAAGGAAGGAGUCGAACGACAUCAAAGGAGUAAAAUAAUUUGUUAUUCUUACAAAAAAUUGGUCUUGGAUCGCCCAACAGUUUAAAUCGCCUACGGUUGAAAAUAUAUUUACCAUUCUUACAGGCAUCUUUUGCCUCAUUUAACGAAACAGUUUGACCUGCGUGAAAUAUGCCUUCAGAGAAGACAUUCAAACAAAGGAGGACAUUUGAGCAGAGAGUAGAUGAUGUACGACUGAUCCGAGAGCAGCACCCCAACAAGAUUCCGGUCAUCAUUGAGAGAUAUAAGGGAGAGAAGCAGCUGCCCAUCCUGGAUAAAACCAAGUUCCUGGUUCCUGACCAUGUCAACAUGAGCGAACUGAUCAAAAUCAUCAGGAGGCGCCUCCAGCUGAACUCCAACCAGGCCUUCUUCCUGCUGGUGAACGGCCACAGCAUGGUGUCCGUGUCGGCAGCCAUCGCUGAGGUAUACGAGCGUGAGAAGGAUGACGAUGGCUUCCUCUACAUGGUGUACGCCUCGCAGGAGACCUUCGGAACCAUAGCCCCCCAGUAACAGCCUCCCACCACCACGCCAGCACUCGGACAUUGAUACUAUCUACCACCCCCCCUACAUGAUCCUUCGUUCCUAAAUAGACCUAUCCCCCUGCCUUCCCUCCAACCCAUGCUUGCUUUACAUCCUUAUCCAAGACCAUAGGAACCAGCCGACCUCUUCUCCCAUGCGCUAAAGGGCCCCUUAUAGUUAUUAAAAGCCCUAUCCUGCACCUUCUCAUACUCUGCCCCUUACCCAUACAUUCAGCCAUGUGUUUAGGGAAAGGGAUUAAAUAGUUUGUUUGGGUUUUGUUGUAUAGGAUGGAUUAGUAUAGCAGAGAUGAUUGCCAGUUCAGCUUGAGUUCGCUCGCACAAGUUUCAAACAUUUUACAUGUUAAAUCCCUGCUUGAGUCCAUCACGGUUGAGUUCAGCAAACCCCAUCUUUUCUUUUCCACUGGUUGGGUUUGCUAAACUUGAAUGAGCUCAGUCUUUUGGAUGAAGCUUCAAUCACAACAGCUGCUGAGGAAUUUUGUAACAGUUUAGUUGAAUCCAGUUUGACUGACAUGGGACAUUACUGCCACAACAUGUGUCAUCAUGUGGUAAAGUCUCCUGUGAUGGGUGACUUAGGCCAAUAGUCUUAACCGCUGUGACAAAAUUACUGUUUCUAUUUCCUUUUUAGUCUUUACUUUGGCCAAUUCUAGGCAAACUAUAGUUUUUAAGGCUUACAUGUUAAUAUGUGUUCAGUUUAGCAUUCACCUCCCCCUGUCUUUAUAAUGGUUAUGGGUUCAGCGAUAAGUACAAUUUUCUCCUUAAUGAAAACGAAGGUCCUUUUUCAAAUAUGUUUUUAUUUCCCUGCCUUUGUCGUCAAUGUCUCCACAUAGAAGAGAUGUGAGGGACUCUUGUUUAAAAAAAUAUAUAAUAAUUUAAAUGCUAUGCUACCGAAAACCUGCUUCGAUGAUUGUAAUAAGAGAUUUGCCUCUGUGUGUACAGAUAUUGGACAAAUGAAAGGAAUAAUAAACUGACCUUGAACACUAUGAUAGGACAUGAUGAUGGAAUUGCACGUGUGUUGAAAGGGUCACUGAUGCGGGGUUGGUGGCCAGUUAGGACUGGGCGGGCAUCAUAGGCUGGGUCUGUCCAUCUCCCCCCCCCCCCCCUAGACCUGCCCUAGGGCUCCGGACAGAGCUCAUCUCUGGGUGGCAUCACACUUUUAGAAUAUUCAAUUUGUUUAAUAGAGGGUUAUUUACGCCUUUAUAAUGUGUGCUGACUUGUGUCCUCUUCCCUCUCGCUGUCCUCUUCCCUCUCGCUGUCCUCAACUGUUUAAAAUGUUAGUUGCCUUUUUAUGUCAGCAUUUUUGGCAGUUCAUCUUUAUUAUGUUUUCAUUCAAUGUAAUUUUGCUUAGUUGUACAAAUGUCCAUAUGCUAUACUUGUGCAUAAUGAAUAAGAAUGAUUCUAUGAUCAGUUUGAUUGAGGGUUUAAUAACAGAGGAAUGGUACAGUUAUCAACCCAAUGUUCCUCUGCAUUCUCCUGUGUUUGCCACUCAUUCUUCAUAUUUACAGCAGUAUUACAACCUUUUCUUGUAUUUAUGUUGGUAUUUUAUGAAUAAAAAAAAAUGUAAACGA